AUGGACGUCUGUAUUCAAUGUCAAGAAGAUCAAUAUCCAAACCGUGGCCAGGAUUUAUGCGUUCCAAAAAAGAUAAGCUUCUUGUCUUAUGAUGAACCUUUGGGGACCAGUUUGUCCAUUUUUGCUCUUGCCUUCUCUUUCCUCACAGCUCUGGUGCUUGGAGUCUUCAUUAAGCACAAAGACACUCCCAUAGUCAAAGCCAACAACCGGAGCCUCACCUACGGUCUCCUCAUCUCCCUCCUGCUCUCCUUCCUUUGUGUGUUCCUAUUCAUUGGUCAGCCUGAGAAGAUACCAUGCCUCUUUCGACAACCUGCGUUUGGCAUUAUCUUCUCAAUGGCAGUUUCUUGUGUCUUGGCCAAAACCAUCACUGUCAUCAUGGCUUUCAUGGCGACCAAGCCUGGGUCCAGGAUGAGGAAAUGGAUCGGGAAAAGACUGGCCUUUUCCAUUGUUCUGUCGUGCUCCCUUAUUCAAACCACUAUUUGUGCUGUGUGGCUGGCAACCUCUCCCCCAUUCUUGUAUUUUGACAUGCACUCAAUGGCCGAAGAAAUUGUUCUGGAAUGUAAUGAAGGUUCAGUUAUUAUGUUUUACUGUGUCUUGGGCUUUAUGGGCUUCCUAGCCAUUGUCAGCUUCACUGUGGCUUUCCUAGCCAGGAAAUUACCCGACAGUUUUAAUGAAGCCAAGUUUAUCACCUUCAGUAUGCUUCUGUUUUGCAGUGUUUGGCUGUCCUUUGUUCCCACCUACCAGAGCACCAAGGGAAAAUACACGGUGGCCGUGGAGAUCUUCUCCAUCUUAGCUUCCAGUGCAGGGUUACUGAUUUGUAUAUUUUUACCAAAAUGCUUUAUCAUUGUGGUUAGGCCUGAGUUGAACACUAGGGGACAGCUAAUUCAAAGAAUAAAUUAA